AUGGCACGACACAAGAGCCAUUAUAAUAAUACUCAUUCUCGACCUUCUCGUGCUUUUUCUUCCACUAAUCGUGGGAGAUAUCGUCGAUCAUCUGAUGAUCAGGAUCAAACCGAGGAAAGUGCAGUGCGUGUGAAUGUGACGCUUGAAUUUCGAGCUGAAACAGAAGUAUCCGAGCCAUUAUAUGAUGUUGUGAAGGAAUUUGAACAAUGCUACAAGGCACGACGUAAUCACGCACUGACGAAGCAUUAUGACGUACGUGUAAAGCUAUUAGAAUGUGGCCUGAACAAGUGGCAAGACGUGGUGAAGCUCCAGCGUAUCUUGGCGGCGCUCAAGAGACCAAUGGACGGCAAGAAACACGUGCAGCUGAUGGCCAAGACAUUGCUGCGUCAUAACGCUAAAUGUAACGAGUGGAUGUUGAGUUUGGACUUUAUGAGAGAGUCUAUGGAUGCGCUAUGUAGGUUUGAAAAUGCUUUGAUGCUGAGACUGAAGAGCUGUGGGGUCACGUCGAAAGUGCUGCUGCCGACGAAUCACUUGAUAUUAUCGUUACUGUCGGUGUUUGGAGAUUGUGGAACGAUGAAAAGUGACAAGCAUCAGUGGAAUGGAAAACUAGUGUCGAGUCAAGUGGUGCUUGCUGUGGCGGGUGAACAGAGAGAUGAACUCCAACGAGUGUUUUUUCCACCAAUUCGAGAGGUUGCAACAGCUGCACAAGCCAUUAUUGAAGAGCUGCGGUAUCCUGGACUAGUGAAAUAUAUGGACGGAAUAUUGAGUAGCAGUGCUGAUUCUGAAAAAGCUGUGGUGAUUAUUUUGCGAGGAAUUCCUGGAAGUGGAAAGACUACGAUUCGACGCGAAAUCCAGGCGAUUUGUAGCCACAAGAAAGUGAUGUUAACAACAUGCUCGGCUGAUUCCUUCUUUGAAACGCAGCGAGGAUAUCUCUAUGAUGUCAGGAAGAUAGGUGCCGCCCACAGCAAGUGCAAGGCAGACUUUACGGGUGCUGUUGAAAAAGAACUUUCACGUAGCAGCGAAGACGGCUGUCUUCAACAGCACGUUGUUUUGGUUGACAAUUCCAAUACGCAGAGAUGGGAAUAUGAAGCGUACGAAGACAUUGCGAAGAUUCAAGGUUGUCGUGUUCAUAUCAUUGAAAUGAAGUGUCCAGACGUUUUGACGGCAUUUCGGAUGAGCCAACGCAAUUCUCACGGCGUGCCUUCUGAUAAAGUAAUCAGUAUGUUUCAGCGAUGGGAAAAGGACCAACGCGCUCAUUGCUUUGCUCCUCAAUUUGAGCAUCCUACACUUUUUGUAAAUCCACUUUCCGAUGAUGAUGUAGAAGGCUUUACCUACCUGGGUCUGUUCCUAGAUGCCGUUGUGCAGGAGCAGCUGACGGCGCGGCUUCCCCCAGUCCAUGCAAACAAAUUUGCCGACCACGUAACGUUGUUCUACCGGCCCAACAAACAAUACGCUAGGUUCGCUGAACUUGGUGCACCAUACACUGUUCGUGGCGUUGAAGUCGUACAAGACGAACGUGGUCAAGCACUUUGGGUCGAGCUGGAUGAGCAACUGCCUUUGCAAGUGAAAAACAAGAUACCGCAUAUUACGUUGUCGACCAAGGGUGGCGUGCGUCCGACGUACUCCAACGAUCUCUUGACUAGUUCGACUGCGAAACGAACUGUCAUUAAUCCGCCCAUCGAUUUAACAGCUCGUGUUGGCGCUGCUUUUUACAUUCAAAACCAGCAAGUGAAUGUAACAACGUCGCCAUUUGCUGUAGAUACAGCGCCUGAAGACAUUAAUCAUUUUCGUCCCCCUAAUGAUAGCGGUGUGGGAGCAAAAACAAAUACUCCUACCAGCUCCGAAUUGUUUAUUAUGUACGUGAGAGAAUGCGACCUCGCCGAUGAUGCUGAAGAGGCUACGACAAAGCUUCUGAAGAGGGCUCAGAUUCUGCACCAAAUGGGCUUUGAGCACAAGGUACGCCGUAUACUUUGCUUACAAAAAACUCAGGCUUCUCCUUGGGUGUCAAUUUCUGCGUUGCUGAGUAAAGUACAAGCUCAGUAUCGUUUCGCGUCAGCUCACAUUUUUGACGACGUAGUAGUGAUUCCUCAUCCCUUUUCGUUCGAAGGUUUUGAAGAGGUGAUAAACAAUUAUCUGGAAGUAGCUCAUUUGGGGCCGACGAAGAAGCUCACGAUGCUGACAACCGUAGAAGAAUCCAUGAGAUGGCCUCUAUGCGAGAUGAAUCACUUCCAAGAUGCUGCUGUGAGUGUUUUCCGUACCGAUGUUGGAUUUGGAAGCGGUGCGACGCACUAUAAUACUGCGCUGAAACCUCCAAGCUCAACACUCCUCUCGUCGCUGGAUCUACUAAGCAUCAACGUCGAAGAGCAAACGCGAAGCGUGAUUUUUCAUGGCAUUAACACCGUUGGCGAUGCUUGGGCCCGAGUUCUGGAGGUUAAAGCCAACCAUUCACUGCAACGUAUCGAUAUGACUGUGCCUGGAUUAUCCUCAAGUGUCGUUGAUUUAUGCUUGGUGCUGCCAGAUGGAACAUCCCUUAGCGAGGUGUCGACGCUUCGAAUGAAAUUAUUGAACGAACUUAACUGUGACCAAAGAGUCCGUCAUGCUGUUGGCGGCUCAAACUUUCCAGGUCUACUCUACUUCAGUCUAUGUACUGCAUCGAGCCACACACCAGCAUUCUGCGUGCGAAUGACAAUUCGGUCGAUGGAAUGUGGAAGUGGAGUUGACACCAACACCGUCGCACAAUUAGAGUUCUGCGAGCUCCAAUCACGGAUGAGCCGCGCGCUUUUUGAUAUCGAAUCGUAUAGUGUACUAACUGCACUUCUUCGCGCGAUUUUGUUGAGUCGAUGUAGUUGUUUUUUGCCGAGCAAGUGUCAGUUGUCUUCUUUGAUCAAUCUCACUAGUGAGCGGUUGAUUCUGCAGUGCUUCAGUUCCAACGAUUCAUUUGGUGGAGUGGAUGCAAUGCCGACGGCAGCGGACGUCAUGUCAGGCCACAUUAUCUUCACGCUGUACCGGAUGUUGACUCAAUUAUCAAAGUUAAACUCGGACGAGUGGGCUGCUGCAUUUGGGACCUCGCUUCAAGCGCUUCAAGGCAACGAAGAUGCACAAACGGUGUGGAUUCAAGCGAUGGAAAAGAUAGUGCGAGACUGUGCGGUCGUGAUGGCUUCAUAUCGCUGUGUUGGGGAAGGCUUGAAGAAGACAAGCCCCUUGGAUCCAACCGACCAUUUUCAAGUCCUUGUCGCGCUUAUUAAAGCGGAGGUUGAUGGAACACCUGGUGCAUCGUUCGUGCGUGCAUCGGUUGAGGUUUCAAGUCACCUUGAUUGGAGUCACGUACAUUCGCUUGCGCUCUGCGACAAACUACGGCACGCAGCAACGAUGGUGACAGUGCGUCAAGAAAACGAUGUGCACAAUACCGACAGCCCAGCAUUUUUCUCCUGUGCUCCAAGUUUGGUUGCUCGUCGCAUUGACGUGGCGGCUUCAUCGCUUGAUGGUCUACGCAAUGUGAUGGCAGAGAUUGAUGCGCUUAAUGUUUGUGAGGACGACGACGAGAGUGGGUUUUCCGGUGACUACAAGUAUGGGAUUUGA